AUGGAGACUACCAGAGAGAAGCUAGAAGGGAGGCCAGAGAGAGCAGGACACCCCGCACACAUCGAUAUCCAGCCAGCGACGACAAGGAGAAGCGGCACAGUAGCGGACAUCAAGCAAGAACAAGAGCUUCAGCACAUCGGAACACUUGAACGAAAACUGAAGUCGCGGCAUGUUCAGUUUCUGGCUCUAUCGGGAGCCAUCGGCACUGGGCUUUUCGUCGGCAGCGGCCAAGUUCUGUCGCUGGCCGGGCCGUUGUCCGCCUUCAUCUGCUAUGCGGUAACCGGGUUCAACCUCUACUGCGUGAUCAACUGCCUCGGUGAGAUGGCUGCAUGGCUUCCGAUUCCGGGAGCUGUGCCAAUCUUUGCUGCGCGGUUCGUUGAUCCCGCGUUGGGGUUCACUUUGGGGUGGAAUUAUUGGUAUCAAUUCGCCAUCGGUGUCCCGAUCGAAGUCACCGUCUCGGUGGUCAUCCUCGACUAUUGGGACCACACCAUCCCACAAGCCGCUCUCAUCACCAUCUUCUUUGCAGCGAUGGUCCUCGUAAAUUGUCUUCCGGUCCGCAUAUAUGGCGAAGCAGAGUUCUUCUUCGGCGCCAUCAAACUCACCACAAUCAUCGGCCUCAUCAUCCUAAUGUUCAUCAUCACCGUGGGUGGCGGGCCAAGUGGAGACGCCAUCGGCUUCCGCUACUGGCACGACCCCGGCCCUAUGAAUGAGUACCUCCGGCCCGGCGCCCUCGGUCGUUUCCUUGCCUUCUGGAAAGUCUUCAUCCAAGCUACUUUCUCUUACGGCGGCAGCGAAAUGGUCGUCGUCGCGUCUGGCGAGACUGAGAACCCACGCCGCAAUAUUCCAAAGGCAAUUCGCCGCGUCUUUUGGCGCAUCGCGAUAUUCUAUGUCUUCGCCAUCUUCCUCGUCGGGCUGUGCGUCUCUUCAGAGGACCCUAACCUGCUCAACGCAAUCAGCAGCAGCAGUCCCGGCGCCGCGCAGAGCCCCUUUGUCAUCGCUAUCAGCAACGCCGGCAUCGGAACGCUGCCCUCCAUCAUCAACGGCGUGAUCCUCAGCAGUGCCUGGAGCGCCGGCAACAGCUUCUUCUACGCCUCCACGCGGGUCCUCUACGCUGCUGCACUCGAUGGCAAGGCGCCUGCGAUCCUUAAGUGGGAGCGCUUCGGCGUACCGUACGCCUGCGUCGCUGCUACAUCGGCGCUGGGGUGCUUGGUCUACCUCAACGUGAACAAUCGCGCCGCCGAGGUGUUUUUCUGGAUCAGCAACCUCAGCGCCGUGAGCACGCUGAUUGUGUGGGCUAGCGUGUGCUAUACCUACCUACGGUUCUACCAGUGCCUGCGACAUAAUGGUAUUGAUCGCGAUACGUUGUCGUACAAGGCCCCGAUGCAGCCGUUUCUCGCGUACUUUGCCAUUGUUUUCUGUCUCGUCGUUGCGUUCUUCAAUGGGUUUGAUGCGUUUUUCCCAGGGCGGUUCAGUGCCAAGACGUUUUUGCCGCCGUACAUCGACAUUCCAAUCUUCUUGUCACUGUUCUUCGGCUACAAGUUUGUCAAGAAGACCAAGUUUGUGAAAAUUUCCGAGAUGGAUAUCUGGUCGGGCAAGGCGGAGAUUGAUCGGCUUGAGCCGACGUGGCCGGUGGUGAAGCCUCGCAACUGGUUGGAACGGAUUUGGUUUUGGAUCGCGUGA